CCGCGUCAUACGCGUCAUUCGUUCCCCUCCACUCGUCCUGGGCACUCAUAGACCUGUAUUUUUGUUUCUACUCCAUGACUGAUGACCUCCACCGCCCAGAGUAGACGACUCGAAAAGCUAUAAGAGAGGGAUUAAACCAGCAGCGGCGGUGUCAUUCCUGUCGUCCUUCCCCGUAAUGAUAUUAUGACCAGCGAGGGUCCUACACUCCUCCCUGACUCUGUCGUCUGCCUUACCCCUCCCCCCGUUCCCUAUCCUCGCGAUGAAUCGGAUGACGGUGCGGUUAUUAUGGGCAGGCAGGCUCUUCCAGCUCUUCCCGCCCCUCCUGCCAUUCUGGCUAUUCCGGCUAUUCCAGUGCUUCCAGGCAGACAGGCUCUUCCAGCUCCUCCCGCUCCUCCCGCCCCACCCGCUCCUCCGGCCGUUCCAGCUCUUCCUGCCCUUACAGGCAGGCAGGUGAUUCCGGCUCUCCCGGCUCCUCCUGCCCCGCCAGCUCCUCCCGCUCCUCCGGCGAUUCCAGCUAUUCCAGCGCUUACAGGAAGGCAAGCUCUACCCGCCCUUCCAGCUCUACCCGCUCCUCCUGCCCUCCCAGCUCUUCCCGCCCUUCCUCGUGAUGAAUCAAACGUUAUUAGCAGGCAGGUCACAAUCUCCCCAGUCCUCCCCACCCUUCCGACCGGCGACGAAGCAAGUGUUAUUGAAGGCAGACAGGUUGUUACGGGCUCUCCCACCAUCUCCCCAGUCCUUCCCGCUCUUCCCGCUCUUCCUCGUGAUGAAUCAAAUGUUAUUAGCAGGCAGAUUACGAUCUCCCCAGUCCCUCCCAUCCUUCUGACCGGCGACGAAGCAAGUGUUAUUGAAGGCAGACAGGUUGUUACGGGCUCUCCCACCAUCUCUCCAGUCCUUCCCGCUCUUCCCCGUGCUAUGAUUAUGGGCAGACAGGUUGUCACGAUCUCCCCAGUCCUCUCCGCAGUCCUUCCUCGUGAUGAUGGUGCCAUUAUUGCGGGCAGGCAGGUCAUUACGGGCUCCCCAGUUAUCUCCCCAGUCCUUCCUCGUGGACAGUGAUUCCGCUGUGCCACGGCCUCUAAGGGAGCAGGCAAUUUCUCGUGAAUGAGAGCGUCUUGGUGAUCUUGUAAAAUGUAUUCGUUCCUUAGAUAAAUAGUUCGAGAAAACAAUAUUGCUAGGUAGUAGCAAAUGUACCA